ACAAAUCCCCAAUGCACAAUCAAUCUCAGUCUCGUGUGUUCCACUCCACUCCACCCCACCCCACCCCAAUGGCGUCGCCGGUGCCGCCCUUCCCGGACGCCCCUCCGCCGCCGCCCUGCUCCGCUGCCCCGGCGGCUACGCCCUGCAGAGACGACGCCUUGCCGUCCAUUGAGGCGCAGGCGAACCUCCCGGACCACCUCACUGAGGAGAUCCUCCUCCGCGUCCCCACUGCCGCCGACCUCACCCGUGCCUCCAUGGCCGACCCCUCCCUCCGCCGCAUCAUCGCCGACCACUCCUUCCUCCGUCGCUUCCGCACCCUCCACCCACCGCCCCUCCUGGGUAUACUCUCGGACCCCUUCCUCCCGGCCCAACCACGCCACCCCUCCGCCGCCGCCGCCCAAACCCUCGCCGGCACCGACUUCUCCUGCUCCUUCCUCCCCUCCCGCGAGCAGCCCUGGCGCCGCUGCGACUUCCGCGACGGCCGCGCCCUCCUCUACGUCGCCCCCGGCGACCGUCGUCUGGUCAGGGACGUCGCCGUCUGCGACCCGCUGCACCGGCGCUACCUCCUGCUACCUCCCGUCCCCCAGGACCUGUCCGAUCUGGUCAAUCACUGGGAGCUCUUUCUUGCUCCCGCCGGCGUGGAGCAGGAUACUGGCAUUGCCGCCGAUGCUCCCUUCAGAUUCAGAGUCAUGUGCUUGGCCAAGUACCAACAGACGCAAACCCAGUCGCAGCUGGUCCUGUUCGUCCUCUCUUCAUCGGGCCCUCGUGCCGAGCAAGAGCAAUGGCACGCCGUCGCAUUUGAUGGCUGGAGCGCUCUUGCCGCAGGAAUGGGUGACGGUGACGGCGGCGACCAAGACGCACGGCCCUCCACUGUGCUUGGAAAUCGCUACUACGUGCACGGAUGCUUCUGUUGGGCGAUGCCUCUGAUCGACAAGUUGCUCAUGCUCGACAUUGCUACGAUGGAGUUCUCCUCCGUCGACAUCCCGCCCAGUCCCUGGGAUUGUCAGCUGGCCUUUGUGGAGGCAAGGGAACGGAGGCUUGGGAUGUUUGCUCUCAGCCGCAAUUCCAUAUAUCACCUCUUGUAUUCCAUUUUGGUUAGCAUUGGGGAUGACGACCCAAGGCAGUGGCAAAUGGAGGCGGUAGUCCCGUUGCGCCAUGAUUACUGCUAUUACAUCAUUGGUGUAGCUGGGGGAUACUUACUCCUACAUGGGUAUCCAUACAACCCGGAGUCAUCCUUUGAAUUGCCCGAGCCGGACUGCUUUUCGCUGGAUCUCCAGACUUUGAAGCUUGAGAGGUUCUGUGAGACUGGGUGGAUAAUGCCAUUGAAGAGCCAACUACUGUAUGCCGGUUUCCCGCCAUCCUUGUCUCCACCAACUAUUUGAAGGGGGUUCCUCCACCUCUGCCUACUGUCAUUGAUAAAAUGGAAGGUUCACCAGCACGGUCAAAUCUGCUUAUUAUCUGAAAAUGGAGACACCGACACUGCCAGAAUUUAAUCUGGAUGAUCGGCGGGGAGUCUGACUCGUCCGAGUUCUGUUUGGCCUGGAGAGACUGGUUGUUGAAUCUUUUUCUUAAUACAAACAAGAGUCCCUGUAGUCCCAUUCAUUCAAUCUGCAUACAGUUUACAUGUAGGAUUGCAGUUUCCUGUAAUUAUAGCACAUCUGGGAUAAUCUGAAUCAAGGGACAUACGGAGUAGAUCAGAAUUAUUGCAGCCAAGUCUAUGACUAGCUACAGUUUUCCUGAUUGAUUGAUCGCCAGCUGAGCUAAAGUGUGAGCUUCAAUGCCAUAUGCCCUUGAGACAUUGAAAACCUGAACUGAAUCUGGAUAUGUAAUGGUACACAAGUCUAUCAAUAGGCCUCUAAAUUCCGGAAGACCCGGCUUUGUCCUGAGGUUCCGCUUGAAGAGCUGGAAUGGCAUGGAAAUAAUUCAGCUGUCAUUUCUUUGUUUCCGAUCUUAUUUGAUCUGUACACAAGUUCCUAACCCUGCUUUUGUAGUUUUCAAUUACUGGUUGAGGAGCCUUGUUUUAAUCCUUUGAAAUAACUCGUCAUUAUUCCUAGAUUUCCAAGGGCACCACAUGAAUGUUGCGGGUGAUUUGAGUGAGCAAGGUGAAGAAUGAUACUUCCUCUGUACUAUAUAUAAGAUCAUGAGAAUAUAAUGGAA